AUGGUCUUUGCAGAAACAUGUCGCAUCAUUCAGUUCGUGCGUAAAGUAAACGAAAAGGCUCUUGAAGGUCAUACGAUUACAACGAUUAGUUCGAACAAAGUCGACUUUUGUGAGACGCGGUGUUUCCUUAACCAUGAUUGCGUCUCUUACAACUUUGGACCAAGUGAAGACAACGAUGACACAUAUGUAUGUGAACUAAAUAACUCAACGGAUAACAGAAGAUUGAAACCUAAAGCGAUGUACGUAUACAGCGAAACAAAGGUAGGUUGUUAUUCCCAUUCUGUUUUGCUCUAAGAUUUCUGUUAAUUCAUUUUUAUUCCUUCAUUUUCAUAUUCUUUAAUUCGUAAUCAGUUAGACCAUUCUCAACCUAUUUCAUUAUUAGAGUGAUCUGUCUUAGGUUCAUCAUCUUGUUUUCUUAUUUUACCGAUCUAGGACUCCUGCCGGUCAAAUCCUUGUUUAAACAAUGGCAAAUGUCAAUAUGGUUUUACAGCCAAAACUUUCCGCUGUCUGUGUUCCGUUGGCUUUACUGGAGAAUUUUGCGAAAGGGGCAAG